ACAUUUACCAAUAACAGCGGCAAGCGACUGACCCGAAUUUAAAACGUCAAGAUGGCGACGGAGGGUCAGUUCGAGUACGAGUCGGUCCUCUGUGUCAAACCUGAAGUCAACGUGUACCGGAUCCCACCGAGAGCAUCCAACCGGGCUAUCAGGGCUGCUGAUUGGAAGCUGGACACUCCUGACUGGUCGGGACGCAUGCGGGUGGUGGCGAAGGGAAAAGUGGCCUACGUGAAACUUGAGGACAAAAUGUCAGGAGAGCUGUUUGCCCAGGCGCCCGUGGAUGAGUAUCCUGGCAUCACCGUGGAAACGGUGAGCGACUCGAGCCGCUACUUUGUGCUCCGCAUCCAGGAUGAUAACGGCCGCAGUGCCUUCAUUGGCAUCGGGUUUGGGGACCGAGGGGAUGCCUUUGACUUCAAUGUUGCACUGCAGGACCACUUCAAGUGGGUCAAACAGGAAGAUGAGUUCAGCAAACAGGCCCAGGCUCCAGACUCUACUCCUAAACUAGACCUGGGCUUCAAAGAGGGACAAACCAUCACACUCAAUAUCGGGCAAUCCAAAAAAAAGGACCGGCCUCGUCCACAGAGUUCUGGUGGUUUUGGAAUCCUUCCACCUCCACCUGGAGGCAAGCUAGCCCCGCCCCCUUCUUCAUCCAGAUCUAAUAACCACAACGUGGAGCAGACACCUGCAGGAGGAAAUGACACAGGUUGUCUGCUGGAUCUGGACUCCAGUAACUCCAACUCUGUGACAUCAUCAAACCCUCUUGCAGUCACCACCAGCUCAGACCUGUGGGGACACUUUGACCCCCCCAACUGAAUGAACCAAGGUUCUCUCGCUCUCUCUCCCUCUCUCUCUCUCUCUCUCUCCUUUUCUCUCUCGCUCUCUCUUUUUCACUCUUCCUGCUCUCUCUCUCUUGCGCUUCCUGCACUCUCUCUUUCUCUCUCUCUUGCUCUUCCUGGUCUCGCUCUCUAUCUUUUCUUGUACUCUUGCUCUUCCUGCUCUCUCUUUUCUCACGCUCUCUAGCGCGCUCUUUUUUUCUCGCUCUUAGGGACUUUUUUUUUUUUUUUUCCCUCAUGCUCUAUUUUCACGCUCUUUCCUUUGUUGCUCUAUUUUUUUCUUACUCUCUUUUCACUCUUUCUCUUUUCCUGCUUUCUCUCUCUCUUCCCUUUUUUGCUCUUUUUUUUACAUUUUUGGCUCUCUCUUGCACUCUUCUCGUGCCCUCUUUUUUCACUCUCUUUUCUUGUGCUCUCUUUCACGCUCUCUUUUCUCACUCCCUCCUGAGUAACAUUAUGCAGCACUUUGGCGAGGUUGCUUUCCCCCCAUCGAGGGGUCCCUACCGCUCCCUGCCGCGCAGGGUACAGAAAGCCCCUCCCCCCAGUUGUAGUUGUAACGAUCAACAAUAACAACAAUAAUAUUAAUAAUAAUAAUAAUAUGAAUUCCACCUGCUGAGUCACAUUUAGAAUUUAGUCUUACCGGCUUGUUGCGUCCCUCCAUCUAACUGUGAACAUGAUGUAGAAACGUUAUGAAGGGCAAUGCAGUGAACAAUGAAUGCAUUUUCUGUACAGAGAAUAUUUAUUUGAAAUAUGUACAUAUAUAUACAUAUAUAUAUACAUACAUAUAUUUAUGUGUCGUAGCCUCAUUUUCUUUGUCCGUUUGGCAGUAAGUUUCAUUUCAUGACCCGUCUCUAGCACCCUCUAGUGGCGUGUCGGUGCACAGCAGUAAUAGUGCCACAUGUAACCGUUGUAAGUGAGGAAGCAGGUUUAUCUUAACGAGGACAAAAUUAGAGGCAGGCCGCUAAGCCCGGCUUAGUCACUUGACCUCUGUCCCACUUAGUGACGAUGUCAUCGUCUUUCAUCCCUAAGGAUGUGUUUUAUUACAAACCCCGUUUCCAUAUGAGUUGGGAACUUGUGUUGGAUGUAAAUAUAAACGGAAUACAAUGAUUUGCAAAUCCUUUUCAACCCAUAUUCAGUUGAAUGCACUACAAAGACAAGAUAUUUGAUGUUCAAAACUCAUAAACUUUUUUUUUUUUUUGCAAAUAAUAAUCAACUUAAAAUUUCAUGGCUGCAACACGUGCCAAAGUAGUUGGGAAAGGGCAUGUUCACCACUGUGUUACAUGGCCUUUCCUUUUAACAACACUCAGUAAAGGUUUGGGAACUAAGGAGACACAUUUUUGAAGCUUUUCAGGUGGAAUUCUUUCCCAUUCUUGCUUGAUGUACAGCUUAAGUUGUUCAACAGUCCGGGUGUCUCCCUUGUGGUAUUUUAGGCUUCAUAAUGCACCACACAUGUUCAAUGGAAGACAGGUCUGGACUACAGGCAGGCCAGUCUAGUACCCGCACUCUUUUACUAUGGAGCUACGUUGAUGUAACACGUGGCUUGGCAUUGUCUUGCUGAAAUAAGCAGGGGCGUCCAUGGUAACGUUGCUUGGAUGGCAACAUAUGUUGCUCCAAAACCUGUAUGUACCUUUCAGCAUUAAUGGCGCCUUCACAGAUGUGUAAGUUACCCAUCUCUUGGGCACUAAUACACCCCCAUACCAUCACACAUGUUGGCUUUUACACUUUGCGCCUAUAACAAUCCGGAUGGUUCUUUUCCUCUUUGGUCCGGAGGACACGACGUCCACAGUUUCCAAAAACAAUUUGAAAUGUGGACUCGUCAGACCACAGAACACUUUUCCACUUUGUAUCAGUCCAUCUUAGAUGAGCUCAGGCCCAGCGAAGCCAACGACGUUUCUGGGUGUUGUUGAUAAACGGUUUUCGCCUUGCGUAGGAGAGUUUUAACUUGCACUUACAGACGUAGCGACCAACUGUAGUUACUCACAGUGGAUUUCUGAAGUGUUCCUGAGCCCAUGUGGUGAUAUCCUUUACACACUGAUGUCGCUUUUUGAUGCAGUACAGCCUGAGGGAUGAAAGGUCAUGGGCUUAGAUGCUUACGUGCAGUGAUUUCUCCAGAUUCUCUGAACCCUUUGAUGAUAUUACGGAGCGUAGAUGGCGAAAUCCCUAAAUUCCUUGCAAUAGCUGGUUGAGAAAGGUUUUUCUUAAACUGUUCAACAAUUUGCUCACGCAUUUGUUGACAAAGUGGUGACCCUCGCCCCAUCCUUGUUUGUGAAUGACUGAGCAUUUCAUGGAAUCUACUUUUAUACCCAAUCAUGGCACCCACCUGUUCCCAAUUUGCCUGUUCACCUGUGGGAUGUUCCAAAUAAGUGUUUGAUGAGCAUUCCUCAACUUUAUCAGUAUUUAUUGCCACAUUUCCCAACUUCCUUGUCACGUGUUGCUGGCAUCAAAUUCUAUAGUUAAUGAUUAUUUGCAAAAAAAAAAAAAAAAAAGUUUAUCAGUUUGAACAUCAAAUAUGUUGUCUUUGUAGCAUAUUCAACUGAAUAUGGGUUGAAAAUAAUUUGCAAAUCAUUGUAUUCCGUUUAUAUUUACAUCUAACACAAUUUCCCAACUCAUAUGGAAACGGGGUUUGUAGUUCGCCAUUAUUAGAACCAAUGUCAAUGUUGUAACUGACCACUUCUGAAGUCCGGGUUGGAACGUGAGUUUUGUCGGGACCAAGCUUGUAUUUUUAAGACGCUUGCUUUUUUUUUUUUUGUGUUGUUGUUGUUGUUGUCGUCGUGGUGAUUAUUGUCGUUUACAUGCAGAUGGAUUAUGCUGCGUCGCUUGUUUUUGUGAGGGAAGUGCAAUGAAGAAGAUCAUUCUAACCCUGACCAAGUCUUUUACCCCCCCCUAACGUGAUCUCUUGUCCACAAUGUGCGUAUGGAAAUAUGCAAACAUAUAAAUAUGUCACCACAAAUCAAACCGCCAUUGUCUUUUAUUUCUCCACAGAGACGAAAAGUCUGUUUCGGAGUGAAUAUCAUGAGAAUACAUCGUGAGAGUAUGACAGGAAUUAUGACGUCAUCUACGAUAUGGUUAUGACAUCAACUACGGUGUGAUUAUGACAUGAUAUAGAUCCGGGGUGUCCUAACUUUUUCCACUGACAAGUGCACAGUCAAAAAUCAAAGCGUGCGGGGGCCAGUUUGGUAUUUUUCAUCAAAACCAAUACAAAAUAUAAUUUGUUUUAACCUGUAGGGCUAAACUUUUAUUCU